AUGGUAUUAAUGCAUCAGAGAAAAUAUGCCCUUGAGCUCAUCUCAGACUUGGGAUUAUCUGGAGCAAAGCCUGUUGGUGCUCCUUUUGACCUCAAUCAGAGGCUCACUACUACUGAGUUUGACAUUCAUUUUGGUGUUCAUGUUGAUCCUCCCCUAGAUGAUUCGGGUCCUUAUCAGAGACCACUAGGGAUAUUGUUGUACCUGACCAUUACCAGGCCUGACAUUGCAUUUGUUGUGCAAUGCCUCAGCCAGUUCAUGCAUUCACCAAAGCAGUCCCAUUUGGAAGCUGUAUUACGCCUAUAUAGGAGUUUGGCUUCUACUGUCGUAAACAUUGUUUGGUUGGUUGGGCUGUUUAGGGAACUUGCUGUGGACAUUAAAGUGCAAGUUUUCUUAUUUUGUGACAGCAAAUCUGCGAUCCAGAUUGCUGCAAAUCCUGUAUUUCGUGAACGCACAAAACACAUCGAUAUCGAUUGCCAUUUUCAUCUUUGA